AUGUAUAUCAAAGCCAAAGCACCCUCUUUUAAUAAAGAGGCGACUAUUCAAGUAACUCCUAAACUGGAUAUUGCUGACCUUCGAAGUCUAAUUUCUCAAGAAUUAGGCACCAAAGAGUUUCCAAUCAACCGACUUCGCCUCCUUUACUCCGGAAAACAACUCGAAGACGGUCUUAACGUGCACCAAUAUGACAUCAAGCACGAACACACUAUUCUUGUCACGUUAAAGGCUCUUCCCUUCGCGGAAUUUAGUUUAGAUGCUUCGACCGAACUUGCCAGCACAUCUCAAGAACCUAUUAUCGCGAGUUCUUCCAGCUCUGCCGUUGAAAACAAGAACGCAGCAUCUACGGGUGAAGACCUGCAAAAUGCCAUUCAAGUAAUUGAAGAGGAAGAGGAGUAUUUCUGCAAUAAAUGUAAAAAUAAAGCAGAAAAAAAGUGUAAGGACUGUGGAUGCCAUCUUUGCGGGGGAAAAGACGACGACGAACAUACGGUUGUGUGUGAUGAAUGUAAUUACGUAUAUCAUUGGAAAUGCUUGGAUCCUGUGAUGACUGAAUUGCCAACCGAUAAUUGGUUCUGCGAAGAUUGCACUCAUGAUGAUAAAGAAGUGGUGACCGCGGGGAAAAAAUUAGAUCUAAGCAAAUCCAAAAAAUCAAAGAUGCCAUCUGCGACACAACAAAAGAAUUGGGGAGGAGGUAUGGCAUGUGUUGGUCGCAGAAAAGAAUGCACAAUUGUCAGUAAAGAUCAUAAAGGUAAAAUUCCCGGUGUUCCCGUCGGCUCCUCCUGGCUUUACCGUAUUCACUGUGCCGAAUCUGGAGUACAUCGACCUCAUAUAGCUGGUAUAGCUGGUACUUCUCAAAUAGGAGCUGUCUCUAUUGUGCUUGGUGGUGGUUACCCGGAGGAUGAAGACAACGGAGAAGAAUUUACUUAUACGGGCUCUGGUGGUCGAGAUUUAUCUGGUAACAAAAGAACCGCAAAGCAGACCUCGGAUCAAGUACUUACCAGCUAUAAUUUAGCCUUGGCAAGGACAUGCAACGCACCCGUAGAUGAUGACAACGGUGCUACCGCAAAGAAUUGGAAAAAGAGUCAUCCUAUACGUGUUGUAAGAGGUGAGAAACUGAAAAAACAUAGUCCAAAAUAUGCCCCAGAACAAGGUUAUCGUUAUGACGGUGUAUAUAAGCUGGUUAAAUAUUGGAAAGAAACCGGUAGUACUGGAUUCCUCGUUUGGCGAUUUUUGAUGAGACGAGAUGAUCCUGAGCCUGCUCCAUGGACUAAGGAAGGCAAGCGCCAAAUUCAAGAACUAGGUUUAGAAAUGUAUGUGCCCGACACAAAACAUAAGCUUGAUGAGUCGUCAUCGGUGGCAUCAUCAUCUAAAGCGAAGAAAGUCAAAACACAAUAUACUCCUUCCAAGGAACUGAAAUCUCUCAUUAAACAAGAUAAAAGGAAUAAACGAGCAUGGAAGCUUGUCUUGGAAUCAGAAAGUUCCACCGAAUUACAAUUUAUCGAAGCGAUUCAGAGAGAAUUUUGUUGUCCUAUUUGUCAAGAAUUAGCUAAACUUCCUAUCACCACCGAAUGCGAGCACAAUAUUUGUGCAUCAUGUUUAGUUCAUUCCAUUAAGUGUAUCGGUCUUUUUUGCCCUUCUUGCAGGCAUGAUUUGAAAGAAUCCCUGAAUGAAAAGGAAGUUAACAAAGAUGUAAAUGAAGAGCUUGUGAACGCAAUUAGGGUCUUGAUCCCGGAAUACGAAGGACCUUCGUCUACUAAAGCAACAAAGACUACUAAGAUCAAAAAGGUAUUUGCAAUUAAGGAAUGA